UGGACGGAGCUGAUUAGUUGUCCAUCGGCAGUCUCUCGCGGUAGCAGUCAUCAUCAACGUCAAGCAUAAUGUAUGGGCAGUUCUUCCUCUUGCUGUGCUCUAUAGCUUUACUCGUCAUUGCAGCUGACGUGGAUGACACUCCCCAGAGCAGACUCAAAUCGAAGCUGCCUAGUCCGGGUGUCUGUGGAAUCAACCUGGCCGAUAGAAUCAUCGGUGGCCAGAAAACCGCUCUGAAUGCGUAUCCUUGGACUGUUUUACUGAUUGCGAGACCGCUUAUUGGGAGUUCACGCUCAUACAGUUGUGGUGGAUCAUUGAUAUCCGAUCGAUACGUGCUAACGGCGGCGCAUUGCUUUAGAGAGUUACCAGUUGGUUAUUAUAUAGCCAAAGUUCGUUUAGGUGAAUGGGACCUUGAGAGUGAUAUAGAUUGCGUUGACGAUUUGUGUGCAGACAAACCAAUUGAUGUUGGCAUCGAGAGCAAAGCCGUACAUGCUGAUUACGAUUCGGUUAACAUUCACAAUGACAUCGCAUUGAUCAAGCUGGCGAAAAGUGUAAACUAUACAGAUUUCAUCUCACCGGUGUGCCUCCCGUUAUCAGGCUCGAAUAACGAACCGGAUUCUAACAAAAAUUUCACUGUCGUCGGUUGGGGAGCGACCGAGAGAGGCCAGGAAAAGCCAGGUGUGUUCGGCAAUCGUUACAAGCUGGAAGUUACUGUGCCGGGAGUGAACUUGGACGAGUGCAAAAAAAACUACCCGCAGCUGAUUGAUUCGGAACUUUGCGCCGGAGGACAGGAGCUCAAAGACUCGUGCUCGGGUGAUUCGGGUGGAUGUUUGGCUGCUCACGAAAACGAUGGCUAUUGGUACCAGUACGGUGUUGUAAGCUAUGGUCGGGGUUGCGGUCGAAAAGAUAUCCCAGGCGUAUAUGCACGUGUCACCAGUUUUCUGUCUUGGAUUGAUAAGAACAUGAACUGAACCUUUCAAGGUGACCUCAGUGAUUUUGUUUUAAAUGGAUCUAAUUGGAAGGUAACUCAAACGUGUUAUCAGUAUGUAAUCACACAAUCAUCUGAGUUUUCAAAACAGAUUCAACUGCAUCUGAAUGUGUAGAAAAAUAAAUUGAAAUAUAGUAAGUUGAAA